UAGCCAUUUGGCUAUCCUAAAGCCUCUGCGGCUUUCUAAAUGGGAUCGCGGACUGGAGGGUGUGCCUAGCGUCAUAGGCACUCCCCUAUCCCAUAAUUUAAACCACACGAUCACAUGAACGAUUGUGUGAUUUCAAAUUUUUCAUAUUUUGUUUACAUCGGAACUUUGUUUCAAUGUAGACAAAUAAGUCCAGGCGGGAAGGGGUUAAACACAUGGUUAAAGACAGCAUCAGAACAGCAAUACACCAGCUAGCUGAACACAUCUUGUAAGCCAAUGACAGGAGGUAUGUGUGUAGCCUCCAUUCACCAGCUAGCUCUUGCUAGUGCCCUGAACUUACCUAAGUAUGCUAUUCCACAAAGGAUACCAAGGGGUGAAUUAAAUUAAAGUGUCUAUUAAAAUGCCAUGCUCUAUUUGAAUUAUGAAAGUUUCAUUUUAACUUCACACCCCUUUAAGAAAUGUACACAGAUUUGACAGCAGUUCCAAGCCCAUCCCAAUACUAUAAAUAUACACACUCUAGAUAAAGUCUAAUAUAAGAAGCCAAAAUAUUUGUCCGACUUGGUUAUAGGAUGACUAUGUUGAUUAGAUUUUCACCUAAUGCGCCAAUGACAAAUGGAGUUAGGACAUCUGAAAAUGGAUUUGGGACCCUCCUCGCCUAUGAGGCAUCAGACAGAUAUUGCUGCACACAGGGAUUGUGCCUACUACGUGGACUAGAAACACUGGAAAGCAGGAAGUUACAAAACAUUUGUGGUUACAAACAUUUAUGCAAAUCUGCAUUUGGAUAACCGUACAUGUAUAAUUGUAACGUGUAACCCAUGAUGGAAUGUGGCAGGUGCAGCCCGAUUUAGAAACGCAUAAGGACUUUCAUGUAGUGAAUAAGAAACAUUGCAGAUCGCAACUCUAAGUGUUACUGUUUCCGAUUUCUUCAUCAACUUAAUUUGGCAGUGGGUGCUAUAAGCAGGAGAAAUGUCUGCUCUCAUAUCAGAAAACUUGAAAUUCUUCGCCCUGUUUUUCAGAAGUCGUGAUGUUAUGAUAUUUAAUGGGCUGAUUGCACUGGGAACAGUGGGAGGCCAAGAGUUAUUUUCUGUAGUGGCGUUUCACUGCCCUUGUUCUCCAAAAAGAAACUAUCUGUAUGGACUUGCUGCCAUUGGCAUCCCAGCUCUUGUGCUAUUUCUAAUUGGCAUAAUACUAAAUAACCACACAUGGAAUAUGGUGGCAGAAUGUCGAACAAGGGCGCUAAAGAACUGCUCUGUGCCAGCUACAUUCUUGCUUUUUGGAUCCAUUGCAGGCCGAGCAGCAGUGGCUCCUAUCACAUGGUCUGUGAUCUCACUGCUCCGUGGUGAAGCCUAUGUGUGCUGCAUGAGUGAGUUCCUGAAAGUCACCUCAUUUCAUAACUUCCCGCUUGGGUAUGGACCUGAUACUAUGGCUCGAUUCCCUUGCAAAGAUACGCCAGCAGAAGUCAUCGCCUUUAAAGAAGAAGUGAUAAGAAGACUAAAGUAUGAAUCUCAGUUCCUUGGUUGGCUGCUUAUUGGUGUAGUUGCUUCAUCAAUUUUCUUACUGAAAUGCAUCCAUCAUUGCUGUUCACCUUUAAGCUAUCAGCAGGACGCAUAUUGGAAUCAGUAUCGCUCUUGCGAAAAAGAUCUGUUCAAUCGCACAGCUGAAGUCCAUGCAAAGAUUCUCGCUGCCAAUAAUGUGAAACAGUUUUUUGGUUUUGUCUCAUUGGAUAAAGAAGAUAAGGAAAUGGUGACUGAGUUCAAAGUAGAUGAAGUGCAACCAAGUCCAUUGUGGAACGAGAUAACAGGAGUUUAUUUAUACCGGGAAAAUAAAGGAUACCCAUUGUAUAGCCGCCUUCAUAAAUGGGCUAAAAAAAUUAUUGGUAUAGAUAAAGAUGAAGAUAAAAAUAAAGAUUAUCCAAUAAAAGAAACCUCACUUCUUACAGUUUAAAAUGUACCAGACGGGUAUUGUGUUUCACGCUAGCGAACACCUAGAGCAGACAUCCUCAAAUUUGUCCCUCUUGAGGUUUUGGAACUACAUUUCCCAUGAUGCUCAGUCAGCAUAUCAGCUGGCUGAGCUUCAUGGGAAAUGUAGUUCCGAAACCUCUGGAGGGCCAAGUUUGAGGAUGUCUGACCUAGAGUAUAUGGAAUAUUUUGAACAGCAGGGUACAAAAUAUAAAAACUAUGGAUACAUUUAUUUAUAGUAACAGUGUUUGGAAGGAGAAAAUGCUUUAAUGGAAUUAUAUUGACUGUUAACCUAAUUCUGCACAACUGAGAUAGACAAGAUGCAAUUACUCCCAUUUACUGGAAUUUUUUCAAUUUGCAACAGCAAUCGCCAAGCACUAAUGAUUACAGAAUAAUGCUAAAGUACCAUCCUAAUGCAUCUUUGUUCACAAGCCAAACAUACACCUUUGUGCCUUGCUAACAUCUUGUUUUAUUAUUUGUGUAUUCUUUGUUAUCUGCAACAGGAACCAUGUGCAUUGCAACAAAAUACAGAACAGAAACCAAAAAAACCUUAUGGCUGUUGACAUUUUUUAUUAAAUUUUAAAAUAGCAUUUACCCAAAUAAUCUUAAAGGGAUAUCUGACAGACUGAAAGUCAGACAGACAGACAGUAGGGUUGCCAGCUGUGCUCCAUAAAAAUACCGGAAGACCUAAGGGGGACUGGACACGGAACCUAGCUGGGUUCACACAAUGUCCCCACAAAAGCUCAACCUUAGGCCCCACCCUUGAUCCCAACACAUAUAUUUUUCACCCCUUGGUUGCCAGUAGCACAUGUACGUAGUAGUGAUGUGACCGCUUUGGCUGAAAGUAUACACCCAGCACUGAUUGAACACGCCCAUGGUUGUCUGUAACACAUAUAAUAGUAACUGUUUUUGAGCCAUAUUUCUAAUGCAUAAAGGCCUAGAAGGCCCUUUACAUUUAGCUGACAGGGGUCUUAAAAUGUCCACUAUUUUAGUACAGAUUGUAUUGGACAGCCUGCUGAAAUACUGGACACCCUAUUUGUAUGGUUCAGAUCAACUAUAAUUAAUAUAAAAUUGAUACAGACAUAAAGGCUAUAAAUGUGGGGACUCUACUAUUAAAUAAUGACAGACCUAGCACCUGCAGUUUCCUAGCUAUACUGCACAAUUACAUAUGCUAAUUAGUAUGGCUGGUAACCUCAGAGGUAAUCACAUGACAUGAUCCUGAGGCUCAGCCAUAGCUCUGUAGAUAUUACCAGACCAAUGCUGUUCAUGUCAUUUUAAUAAUCUAUCCCCAACAUAUAAGCACUGGAUACUCAGGAUUUAUAAUGAGAGUUUUGUUAGAACCUAAAGGGACAGUAAACACCUUGCAAAGAUAUUUCUGUUACCGUCCUACAGAAUAACAUAUUAGCCAAGUGUAAACAUUUGUUUAACAAAAUAAAAUCCUGUUUACUGCAA